AUGACUUCGGAGGAGAAGAACCUUGUAGAAAUUUUGGAGGAAGGUCACAAAGUCGAUGUAGUUAAGUACAUGGAUUACGUGAGUGCCCCUGAAGCCGGAGCUAUAGCAACAUUCUCAGGCACUACAAGAAACAUGUUCGAGGGCAAGACGGUCUUGGAGCUAAGGUACGAAGCAUACGUACCAAUGGCCACAAAAUGCCUCACCUCCAUCUGUAACACCGCUAGAUCAACUUGGGACAUCCACAAGAUCGCCGUUGCUCACCGUCUCGGACCAGUUCCUGUCGGAGAAACCAGCGUCUUCAUCGCCGUCUCGUCUGUUCACCGCGCAGAUGGUUUAGACGCUUGCAAGUUCUUGAUCGACGAGCUCAAGGCAACGGUUCCGAUAUGGAAGAAAGAGGUGUACACUAAUGGAGAGAUCUGGAAGGAGAAUUCUGAGUUUAUGGAGAAAAGAGACAGCUUGGGGCAAAAACAAGAACAGAGAAGAAGUUGCUGUGGAAGCAAAGUUAGAGUGCAAGAAGAUGAAGAGCAUAAAGAUAACAAUACUUCUUCUUGA